UUUGGUGUGCUGGUUUCUGGUCUUAUCAUAUUUAGUUGAUUCCAGCCUAGGGUUCAGCUUUCUGCAAGAUGGCCGACAAGCCUGAUGUCAGUGAGAUCUCCCACUUUGAUAAGUCCAAACUGAAGAAGACUGAGACUCAGGAGAAGAAUAUUCUUCCUACCAAAGAGGUAAUUGAACAGGAGAAGCAGAGUGACUCGUAAUGACUUGCUCCUGUUCAUCACCGAGUUCAGGUUACAAGGUUUUCAAGUUCUUCCCAUGAGCAAGAUGGAUUCUCAACCAGCAGAGCUACCUGAACAAGUUUCAAGUUGCUCCCUGAAAAUGGAUGGUGGGGAUGCUGUUAUUGAACUUGAAAUAAACUUAUAGACAUGCUGUCUGUUGUGCCCUUUCA